CCCCCGCCGCCACCGUCCCUCCUCCGCCCCUUCGCGCGACCGAGCACGGCUCGCUGCUUGCUUUCAGUCACGACUCUAACGACCUCGACAACCGCCAGCCAUGUCCCUUCCAGCCGCAAUCAUCUCGGGCUCCUACCAGUCUGCUUCUAGUGUCAUAGAUGCUUUCGAGGCCUGUGCGCAUCUUUUCUUCUCUUCUUCCAACUCAUAGGAGAGAUGCGAUCCAUUCCACAGACCGCCGCGCCCAGGUGCAGCACUCUGACUUCGUCGCCGGCUCUCUCUCCUCUUCCUCCGGCCAGAGCGGCACACCCGACUCCGAGUCCGCGUUUCAGGCGGACGAUGAGGAGGACGAGGAGGAAGUGAUUGAAGAGGUUCCGCGUUCGGUGCGCGAACGCGAGAGGAGCAGCAGCGGUGAUGACGCCCUACUCGCCAAUAUUCAGUGGGACGAAGACCUUACCCCAGGUCCCUCCACCGCCGGACGCCGCUUUGAUUUCCCCAUUCCCCCCGGCACGCGACCGCGCUAUACCUCGUCGCCCUACUCCGACGAUGCACCAACACCUCGCGGUGGCGAGCGCACGCCGCUCAUCAUCAGGCAGCCUACUUCCAGCACUUCUACCAUCCUCGGCCGCCCCACCCCGGCGGCGGAGCCUGUUCAAGAAAGGCCACACUAUGCCGCGAUACAGCGACGCGUGUCUCGCGUCAGUGUCCGUUCCAAAGCGGAGCCCAAAGUGCACCACGGGGGUCAGAGCACGUUUGCGCAGACUUUGGUAAACGCCGUCGCCGUGCUGUUCGGCAUUGGCAUGCUUUCAGAACCCCUCGCGUUCGCCUAUGCGGGAUGGUUAGGAGGCUCAUUCAUCAUCCUCUCAUACGGCUUCAUAUCCUGCUAUACUGCAAAAAUUCUUGCCAGUAUCGUGCUGUCGGACCCACAUAUACGGUCGUAUUCAGACAUCGGGCGUAAAGCCUUCGGUCCCCGGUCCUCACCAUUCAUCAGCGUUAUUUUCGGUCUUGAGCUUUUCACCGUUUGCGUCGCACUCGUAACGUUAUACGCCGAUUCCCUCUACGCAGUGAUACCCUCGUACUCGCCCAACACGUACAAACUAGUUGGGCUGGUGAUUCUGAUACCCGCAGUACUCAUGCCGCUUUCCGUGCUGUCCUACGCCUCCAUCCUAGGGAUCUUCUCGCUCAUGGCCAUCAUCGGGAUCAUCCUGUUUGACGGCUUCACCAAGUUCGACAGCCCGGGCAGUCUGUGGGCUCCUGCGGACACGAGUCUGGGGAUCGACAGCUACAGGGAGGUCGGGAUCGCGUUUGGACUGUUCAUGGCCGGGUUUUCGGGCCAUGCGGUCAUUCCAACGCUGGCGCGAGACAUGAUCGACCCGUCGCGGUUCGACGAGAUGAUCAAUUGGGCGUUCGCCAUCGCGACUGGGAUAUACGCCGUCUUGGGCGUCGCCGGGUACAUCAUGUUCGGCAACUCCGUCAGCGACGAGUUCAGCCAGGAUCUGAUCAAGCACAACGUGCAUCCCUCGCUGAACACGAUUGCGCUCUGGGGCUUGGUCAUCACACCUCUAUCGAAAUUCGCGCUAGCGGCACGACCCCUCAACGUCACGCUCGAAGUGAUCCUCGGGAUCGACACCUCCGGCGUCGCGCCCUCCUCCGACCACGGUGGCGGCCCCAGCACGACCACGCUCCCCGUCACCGCCUCCCCGCUGCGCAAGUCCCCGCUCGCCGUCAAAGCGGCGCUCAUCGCGCUCGAGCGCAGCGUGCUCACCCUGCUCGCCGUCGCGAUCUCCAUCCUCGUGCCCGAGUUCGCGAGCGUCAUGGCCGUGCUCGGGUCGACGUUCUCGUUCGUGCUGUGCGUGAUCGGGCCCGUGAGCGCGAAGAUCGCGCUCGCUGGGGUGGGCGUCGCCGCGGGGGGUGGGGUGGGCGGGUGGUGGAGACGGUGUGGGUGGUGGGAUGGGCUGCUUUUGGUGGUUAGUACGAGUAUGGCGGUGUGGGGCACGAUUUGUGCGUUCACGACGGUUGCGGAGGUGCCAUGAGCGGGUGCGAAGGAGUGAGUAAGCACGACAGGACUGAGAAGAACGAUAUAAUGUUUUGGGAGAAGAGCUGCAGCUGUGUACUGUCGUGGAAUGUUCUGUACUUUGCCUGAACGCAUUCUUAGACACGGCCCCUUGCAUCAAGUGACCAGUACCAGGAACGAUUUAGCUUAAACACC